AUGAAAACUAUAAUUGGUAACCCUGAGAAAGUUUUAGAAGGCACGAUUUAUUACGAGAAUGCAAUUAUACCAGAUAACGAUAUCACAAGUGCUAACCCUACUUCUAAUGCCAAUUCUUCCAUCAUAAUUAUGACCACCGUGACUUCCAAAAUAAAUACGACCAAAUUUCAUAGAACGAGACCCCAAAGAUCUACCAGUAAAAUCAAAACUUUUAAACCCCAAACCACAAGUACACAAAGAACUACUCGAACCCAAAGAACUACUAGAACACAAAGAACUACACGAACACCCAAAGUUAAAAGACAUAAAACUACUAAAACCAAAAAAGUUACCAGAAAACCCAAAACAAAAAACAAAAAAACUAAUAAAGGCUCAAAUGGAAAACUUAAAGCAGAGAAACAUAAGUUUAGUAGAAUAUUUAUUGCAACCUCUAAAUGUACUAGUAAAAAAAAUUAUACAAGGUUAAAAACUACUAAAGCUUCUAGAAAUAAUAGAAAACAUAAAACUAAACAAAAAACUACCAAAAUUUUAAGAACCGAUAGUAAAUAUGAAACUGAACAUAUAACCACCAAAACACCAAUAACGACCAGAACACCAAAUACUUAUAAAACCAAAAAUACAAGACUAAAAAAUAGCAGAAAACCUAAAAUUACGAGACCCAAAACUUCUACUAAAAAUACCAGAUUAAAAUUAGCUAAAACAUCAAUAAUUAAUCUACUGACAACUUCUAAGACAACUAAAACUACUAGAACACUCAAAACAACUGGGACACCCAAAACUACUAGGACUCUCAACACUACUAGAACAACCAAAACUACUAGGUCACUUAUAACUACCCGAACCCCAAGAACUACUACUAGAUCACGGUUGACAACUUCGAGAACUUCUAAGAGAAAACAGAGAACUGGUAGAAUUUUAAAAACUAUUAGAAGUAGUAUUUUUAAUCAAGCGAAAACUACUAAACAAAAAAAUUUCAAGAACACAUUAACCACUGGACCAAUUCAGAAUGCUAGAAGCUCAAAGAAAACUAGAAACAAAAGAACGACCAGAAUAUCGACAAAACGCAAAACACAUAGAUGGAAAACUAGUAGAACCCCUCAAACCACUAGUAUCCCACAAACUAGUAGAGAGUCUACAAUUAUUAAUCCAAAAACUAAUAUGAAACUUAAAACAAGUAGACUUAAAACUAAGCGAAAAACUACCAUAAAAUAUAAACAUACCAGAACUGAAAGAUCUAUAAAAAUACAUAAAAACACUAGACCUAUAUUUACGAGAAAAUUAAUAACCACUAAGACACUUAAAACGACUACAUGCAAAAGUACUACACAAAAAACGUCGAAACUAAAGAAGCCUAAAAAUAUAAAGACUACUGAUGCCUAUGGAACGAAAACCAGAGGAACUUCCAAAACGAAAAAUUGGCAUAUGCGGAAAAUUACAACAAAGAUUAUUAGAACACAUAAAACAAGUGGCCCAAAAACUACCAGAAGACAAAAACCGUACAGCCGGAAAACCACUAUCAAACAUUUAACCACCAAAAAACAUAAAAUUAGCAAGAGUGCAAAAACGACUAAAACUUUACCAACUACUACAAUCCCACAAACUACUAAAACUCCACAAACUACUAGAAGCCUUCGUAUUAGCAGAAAGCACAAAACUAAUAGUCCAAAAACUACAGCAAAAUUUAAAACAGAAACGAGAGGUAACAAGAAAACUACAAAAUAUAAAUCUUCUACAACCAGGAGAACUCAUCGAGCACACACAACUCCUAAAACAAUAAACACUAGAAAGUCGACAAUUGCUUGGACCCCCAUAAUGACUAUUAAAAAUAGUAGAUAUAAAUCUACGAGGGCGGAUAAAAGACAAUAUACAAAGGUUAGAACACAUAGAACAAAUGGCCCAAAAACUACCAAAAGACAAAAAACGCACAGCCGGAAAUCUACUCUCAAACAUUUAACUACCAAAACACAAAAAAUUAGCAAGAUUGCAAAAACGACAAAAUCUUCACGAAUUACUACAAUCCCACGAAGUACAACAACUCCACGAACUACUAAAACUCCACAAACUACUAAAACUCCACAAACUACUAAAACUCCACAAACUACUAAAACUCCACAAACUACUAAAACUCCACAAACUACUAAAACUCCACAAACUACUAAAACUCCACAAACUACUAAAACUCCACAAACUACUAAAACUCCACAAACUACUAAAACUCCACAAACUACUAAAACUCCACAAACUACUAAAACUCCACAAACUACUAAAACUCCUCAAACUACUAAAACUCCACAAACUACUAAAACUCCACAAACUACUAAAACUCCACAAACUACUGGAAGCCUUAGUAUUAGCAGAAAGCACAAAACUUAUAAUCCUAAAACUACAGCAAAAUUCAAAACAGAAACGAGAGCUAAUAAGAAAACUACAAAAUAUAAAACUUCUUCAACCAGGAGAACUCAUCGAGCACACACAACUCCUAAAACAAUCAUCACUAGAAAGUCGACAAUUGCUUGGACCCCCAAAAUGACUACUAAAAAUAAUAGACAUAAAACUACGAGGAAGGAUCAAACAAAAUAUACAGAGAUUAGAACACAUAGAACAAGUGGCCCAAAAACUACCAAAAGACAAAAAACGUACAGCCGGAAAACUACUCUCAAACAUUUAACUACCAAAACACAAAAAAUUAGCAAGAGUGCAAAAACGAGUAAAGCUUCACGAACUACUACAAUCCCACGAAGUACAACAACUCCACGAACUACUAAAACUCUACAAACUACUAAAACUCCACAAACUACUAGAAGCCUUCGUAUUAGCAGAAAGCACAAAACUUAUAAUCCUAAAACUACAGCAAAAUUCAAAACAGAAACGAGAGCUAACAAGAAAACUACAAAAUAUAAAACUUUUCCAACCAGGAGAACUCAUCGAGCACACACAAAUCCUAAAACAAUAAUCACUAGAAAGUCGACAAUUGCUUGGACCCCCAAAAUGACUACUAAAAAUACUAGACAAAAAUCUACUAGGGCGGAUAAAACAAUAUAUACAAAGAUUAGAACAAAUAGAACAAGUGGCUUAAAAACUACCAGAAGGCAAAAAACGUACAGACGGAAAACUACUAUCAAACAUUUAACUACCAAAAAACAAAAAAUUAGCAAGAGUGCAAAAACGAGUAAAACUUCACGAAUUACUACAAUCCCACGAACUACAACAACUCCACGAACUACUAAAACUACACAAACUACUAGAAGCCUUCGUAUUAGCAGAAAGCACAAAACUAAUAAUCCUAAAACUACAGCAAAAUUCAAAACAGAAAUGAGAGCUAACAAGAAAACUACAAAAUAUAAAACUUUUCCAACCAGGAGAACUCAUCGAGCACACACAACUACUAGAAAAAUAAACACCAGAAAACCGACAAUUGCUUGGACCCACAUAACGACAACAUGUACUAAAAGUACUAGACAAAAACGGACUAGGACAAAUAAAACUAAACAUACAAAGAUUACUACAACACAUCGAACAAGUGGCCAAAAAACUACAAGAAGGCAAAAAACGUAUAACGGGAAAACUACUAUCAAACCAUUAAAAAUCAAUAAGCAAAAGUAUAGCAAAAGUGUCAAAACGACUAAAACUAGAAGAACUACUAAAAUUCCACGAUCUACUACAAUCCCAUUAACUACUAAAACUCCAAGAACUACAAAAAUUCAACAAACUACUAAAACCAAACGAACAACGAAAACCAGUAAAACUACUAAAAGUACACGUACUAGCAAUAAGCGUAAAUCUACUAAUCCAAAAUCUACAGGAAAAUAUAAAACAGAAAGCUCGAAAACUAAAAAGAAAAUUAUAAAAUAUCCAACUUCUCAAACCAGGAGAACUCAUCGAGCACACACAACUUCUAGACAAAUAAACACCAGUAAACAGACAAUUGCUUGGACUCACAAAACGACAACAUGUACUAAAAGUAUUAGUCAAAAACGUACUAAGACAAAUAAAACAAAAUAUACUAAGACUACUAGAACACACCGUACAAGUGGCAAAAAAACUACAAGAAGGCAUAAAACGUAUAGUCGGAAAACUACUAUACCAUUAAAGACCAAUAAACAAAAAUAUAGCAAAAGUGUCAAAACGACUAAAACUAGAAGAACUACUAAAAUUCCACGAUCUACUACAAUCCCAUUAACUACUAAAACUCCUCGAACUACUAAAACUCCAAGAACUACAAAAAUUCAACGAACUACUAAAUCCAAACGAACAGCGAAAACCAGUAAAACUACUAAAAGCACACGUACUAGCAAUAAACGUAAAUCUACUAAUCCAAAAUCUACAGGAAAAUAUAAAACAGAAAGCUCGAAAACUAAAAAGAAAACUAUAAAAUAUCCAACUUCUCAAACCAGGAGAACUCAUCGAGCACACACAACUUCUAUACAAAUAAACACCAGUAAACCGACAAUUGCUUGGACUCACAAAACGACAACAUGUACUAAAAGUAUUAGUCAAAAACGUACUAAGACAAAUAAAACAAAAUAUACUAAGACUACUAGAACACACCGUACAAGUGGCAAAAAAACUACAAGAAGGCAUAAAACGUAUAGUCGGAAAACUACUAUACCAUUAAAGACCAAUAAACAAAAAUAUAGCAAAAGUGUCAAAACGACUAAAACUCGAAGAACUACUAAAAUUCCACGAUCUACUACAAUCCCAUUAACUACUAAAACUCCUCGAACUACUAAAACUCCAAGAACUACAAAAAUUCAACGAACUACUAAAUCCAAACGAACAGCGAAAACCAGUAAAACUACUAAAAGCACACGUACUAGCAAUAAACGUAAAUCUACUAAUCCAAAAUCUACAGGAAAAUAUAAAACAGAAAGAUCGAAAACUAAAAAGAAAACUAUAAAAUAUCCAACUUCUCAAACCAGGAGAACUCAUCGAGCACACACAACUUCUAGACAAAUAAACACCAGUAAACCGACAAUUGCUUGGACUCACAAAACGACAACAUGUACUAAAAGUAUUAGUCAAAAACGUACUAAGACAAAUAAAACAAAAUCUACUAAGACUACUAGAACACACCGUACAAGUGGCAAAAAAACUACAAGAAGGCAUAAAACAACUACAAAAAUUCAACGAACUACUAAAUCCAAACGAACAGCGAAAACCAGUAAAACUACUAAAAGCACACGUACUAGCAAUAAGCGUAAAUCUACUAAUCCAAAAUCUACAGGAAAAUAUAAAACAGAAAGAUCGAAAACUAAAAAGAAAACUAUAAAAUAUCCAACUUCUCAAACCAGGAGAACUCAUCGAGCACACACAACAUCUAGACAAAUAAACACCAGUAAACCGACAAUUGCUUGGACUCACAAAACGACAACAUGUACUAAAAGUAUUAGUCAAAAACGUACUAAGACAAAUAAAACAAAAUCUACUAAGACUACUAGAACACACCGUACAAGUGGCAAAAAAACUACAAGAAGGCAUAAAACGUAUAGUCGGAAAACUACUAUACCAUUAAAGACCAAUAAACAAAAAUAUAGCAAAAGUGUCAAAACGACUAAAACUCGAAGAACUACUAAAAUUCCACGAUCUACUACAAUCCCAUUAACUCCUAAAACUCCUCGAACUACUAAAACUCCAAGAACUACUAAAACUAUAAGAACUACAAAAAUUCAACGAACUACUAAAUCCAAACGAACAGCGAAAACCAGUAAAACUACUAAAAGUACACGUACUAGCAAUAAGCGUAAAUCUACUAAUCCAAAAUCUACAGGAAAAUAUAAAACAGAAAGAUCGAAAACUAAAAAGAAAACUAUAAAAUAUCCAACUUCUCAAACCAGGAGAACUCAUCGAGCACACACAACAUCUAGACAAAUAAACACCAGUAAACCGACAAUUACUUGGACUAACAAAACGACAACAUGUACUAAAGGUACUAGACAAAAACCUAAUAAGACAAAUAAAACAAAAUAUACUAAGACUACUAGAACACACCGUACAAGUGGCAAAAAAACUACAAGAAGGCAUAAAACCUAUAGUCGGAAAACUACUAUCAAACCUUUAACCACCAAAACGAAAAAAUAUAGCAAAAGUAUCAGAACGACUAAACUUCGAAGAACUACUAUAACUCCAAGAUCUAUUAUAUCUCUACGAACUACAAAACCCAAACGAUCUACUAAAUCCCAACGAACUAAGAAAAGGAAACGUAAUAGAAGAAAACGCAAAACUAGAAAUACAAAAACUUUAAGAAAAUUUAAAACAAAAAGAUUUAAAACUAAAAAGAAAACUAAAAAAUAUAAAACUUCUCAAUCCAGGAGAACUCAUAUGGCACACACAACUAAACCGACAAUUGCUUGGACCCACAUAACGACAACAUGUACUAAAAGUACUAGACAAAAACGGACUAGAACAAGUAAAACUAAACAUAAAAAGAUUACUAAAACACAUCGAACAAGUGGCCAAAAAACUACAAGAAGGCAAAAAACGUAUAACGGGAAAACUACUAUCAAACCAUUAAAAACCAAUAAGCAAAAGUAUAGCAAAAGUGUCAAAACGACUAAAACUCGAAGAACUACUAAAAUUCCACGAUAUACUACAAUCCCUUUAACUACUAAAACUCCUCGAACUUCUAAAACUCCAAGAACUACAAAAAUUCAACGAACUACUAAAACCAAACGUACAGCGAAAACCAGUAAAACUACUAAAAGCACACGUACUAGCAAUAAGCGUAAAUCUACUAAUCCAAAAUCUACAGGAAAAUAUAAAACAGAAAGAUCGAAAACUAAAAAGAAAACUAUAAAAUAUCCAACUUCUCAAACCAGGAGAACUCAUCGAGCACACACAAAUAAACCGACAAUUGCUUGGACCCACAAUACGACAACAUGUACUAAAAGUACUAGACAAAAACGGACUAGGACAAGUAAAACUAAACAUACAAAGAUUACUACAACACAUCGAACAAGUGGCCAAAAAACUACAAGAAGGCAAAAAACGUAUAACGGGAAAACUACUAUCAAACCAUUAAAAACCAAUAAGCAAAAGUAUAGCAAAAGUGUCAAAACGACUAAAACUCGAAGAACUACUAAAAUUCCACGAUAUACUACAAUCCCAUUAACUACUAAAACUCCUCGAACUACUAAAACUCCAAGAACUACAAAAAUUCAACGAACUACUAAAACCAAACGUACAGCGAAAACCAGUAAAACUACUAAAAGCACACGUACUAGUAAUAAGCGUAAAUCUACUAAUCCAAAAUCUACAGGAAAAUAUAAAACAGAAAGCUCGAAAACUAAAAAGAAAACUAUAAAAUAUCCAACUUCUCAAACCAGGAGAACUCAUCGAGGAUACACAACUAAACCGACAAUUGCUUGGACCCACAUAACGACAACAUGUACUAAAAGUACUAGACAAAAACGGACUAGGACAAGUAAAACUAAACAUACAAAGAUUAAUACAACACAUCGAACAAGUGGCCAAAAAACUACAAGAAGGCAAAAAACGUAUAACGGGAAAACUACUAUCAAACCAUUAAAAAUCAAUAAGCAAAAGUAUAGCAAAAGUGUCAAAACGACUAAAACUCGAAGAACUACUAAAAUUCCACGAUAUACUACAAUCCCAUUAACUACUAAAACUCCUCGAACUUCUAAAACUCCAAGAACUACAAAAAUUCAACGAACUACUAAAACCAAACGUACAGCGAAAACCAGUAAAACUACUAAAAGCACACGUACUAGCAAUAAGCGUAAAUCUACUAAUCCAAAAUCUACAGGAAAAUAUAAAACAGAAAGAUCGAAAACUAAAAAGAAAACUAUAAAAUAUCCAACUUCUCAAACCAGGAGAACUCAUCGAGCACACACAACUAAACCGACAAUUGCUUGGACCCACAUAACGACAACAUGUACUAAAAGUACUAGACAAAAACGGACUAGGACAAGUAAAACUAAACAUACAAAGAUUACUACAACACAUCGAACAAGUGGCCAAAAAACUACAAGAAGGCAAAAAACGUAUAACGGGAAAACUACUAUCAAACCAUUAAAAACCAAUAAGCAAAAGUAUAGCAAAAGUGUCAAAACGUCUAAAACUCGAAGAACUACUAAAAUUCCACGAUAUACUACAAUCCCAUUAACUACUAAAACUCCUCGAACUACUAAAACUCCAAGAACUACAAAAAUUCAACGAACUACUAAAACCAAACGUACAGCGAAAACCAGUAAAACUACUAAAAGCACACGUACUAGUAAUAAGCGUAAAUCUACUAAUCCAAAAUCUACAGGAAAAUAUAAAACAGAAAGAUCGAAAACUAAAAAGAAAACUAUAAAAUAUCCAACUUCUCAAACCAGGAGAACUCAUCGAGCACACACAACUAAACCGACAAUUGCUUGGACCCACAUAACGACAACAUGUACUAAAAGUACUAGACAAAAACGGACUAGGACAAGUAAAACUAAACAUACAAAGAUUACUACAACACAUCGAACAAGUGGCCAAAAAACUACAAGAAGGCAAAAAACGUAUAACGGGAAAACUACUAUCAAACCAUUAAAAACCAAUAAGCAAAAGUAUAGCAAAAGUGUCAAAACGUCUAAAACUCGAAGAACUACUAAAAUUCCACGAUAUACUACAAUCCCAUUAACUACUAAAACUCCUCGAACUACUAAAACUCCAAGAACUACAAAAAUUCAACGAACUACUAAAACCAAACGUACAGCAAAAACCAGUAAAACUACUAAAAGCACACGUACUAGUAAUAAGCGUAAAUCUACUAAUCCAAAAUCUACAGGAAAAUAUAAAACAGAAAGCUCGAAAACUAAAAAGAAAACUAUAAAAUAUCCAACUUCUCAAACCAGGAGAACUCAUCGAGCACACACAACUAAACCGACAAUUGCUUGGACCCACAUAACGACAACAUGUACUAAAAGUACUAGACAAAAACGGACUAGGACAAGUAAAACUAAACAUACAAAGAUUACUACAACACAUCGAACAAGUGGCCAAAAAACUACAAGAAGGCAAAAAACGUAUAACGGGAAAACUACUAUCAAACCAUUAAAAACCAAUAAGCAAAAGUAUAGCAAAAGUGUCAAAACGACUAAAACUCGAAGAACUACUAAAAUUCCACGAUAUACUACAAUCCCAUUAACUACUAAAACUCCUCGAACUACUAAAACUCCAAGAACUACAAAAAUUCAACGAACUACUAAAACCAAACGUACAGCGAAAACCAGUAAAACUACUAAAAGCACACGUACUAGUAAUAAGCGUAAAUCUACUAAUCCAAAAUCUACAGGAAAAUAUAAAACAGAAACCUCGAAAACUAUAAAGAAAACUAUAAAAUAUCCAACUUCUCAAUCCAGGAGAACUCAUCGAGUACACACAACUUCUAGACAAAUAAACACCAGUAAACCGACAAUUGCUUGGACUCACAAAACGACAAAAUGUACUAAAAGUAUUAGUCAAAAACGUACUAAGACAAAUAAAACAAAAUAUACUAAGACUACUAGAACACACCGUACAAGUGGCAAAAAAACUACAAGAAGGCAUAAAACGUAUAGUCGGAAAACUACUAUACCAUUAAAGACCAAUAAACAAAAAUAUAGCAAAAGUGUCAAAACGACUAAAACUCAAAGAACUACUAAAUUUCCACGAUCUACUACAAUCCCAUUAACUACUAAAACUCCUCGAACUACUAAAACUCCAAGAAAUACAAAAAUUCAACGAACUACUAAAUCCAAACGAACAGCGAAAACCAGUAAAACUACUAAAAGCACACGUACUAGCAAUAAACGUAAAUCUACUAAUCCAAAAUCUACAGGAAAAUAUAAAACAGAAAGCUCGAAAACUAAAAAGAAAACUAUAAAAUAUCCAACUUCUCAAACGAGGAGAAGUCAUCGAGCACACCCAACUUCUGGACAAAUAAACACCAGUAAACCGACAAUUGCUUGGAAUCACAAAACGACAACAUGUACUAAAAGUACUAGACAAAAACCUACUAAGACAAAUAAAACAAAAUAUACUAAGACUACUAGAACACACCGUACAAGUGGCAAAAAAACUACAAGAAGGCUUAAAACGUAUAGUCGGAAAACUACUAUCAAAUCUUUAAACGGCAAAACAAAAAAAUAUAUCAAAAGUGUCAGAACAACUAAACCUCGAAGAACUACUAUAACUCCACGAACUAUUAAAUCUACACAAACUAUAAAACCCCAACGAACUAUUAAAAGGAAACGUAAUAGCAGAAAACGCAAAACUAGCAAUCCAAAAUUUAGAGGAACAUUUAAAACAAAAAGAUUUAAAACUAAAAAGAAAACUAGAAAAUAUAAAACUUCUCAAACCAAGAGAACUCAUCGAGUAUACACAACUAUUAGAAAAAUAACAACUAGAAAGUCGACAACUACAUGGACCCCUAAAACUACAACUUGUACCAAAAGUACUAAACAAAAAAGUACUAGGAAAACAAAAUAUAUAAAGAUUACGAGAACACACCGAACAAUUGGCCCAAUAUCUACAAGAAAACAAAAAAAAUAUAGCCGGAAAAAUACUAUAAAACCCUUAACCACCAAAACACAAAAAUAUAGAAAAAGUGUAAGAACUACUAAAAUUCCACGAUAUACUACAAUCCCAUUAACUACUAAAACUCCUCGAACUACUAAAACUCCACGAACUACUAAAACUCCACGAACUACAAGAACCAAUCGAACAACUAAAACCCAACGAACUACUAGAAGCACACGUGCUGGCAGUAAGGGUAAAAGUACAAAUACAAAAACUACAGGAAAAUUUAAAGCAGAAAGAUCGAAAACUAUAAAAUAUCAAACUUCUAAAAGUACUAGACAAAAAAGUACAAGAACUGAUAAAACUAAAUAUACAAAAAUUACUAGAACACAUCGAGCAAGUAGCCCAAAAACUACAAGAAGGCAUAAAACGUAUAGCUGCAAAACUACUAUCAAACCUUUAACCACCAAAACAAAAAAAUAUAGCAAAAGUAUCAGAACGACUAAACCUCGAAAAACUACUAUAACUCCACGUUCUAUUAAAUCUCUACGAACUACAAAACCUCAACGAUCUACUAAAUCCCAACGAACUACUAAAAGGAAACGUAAUAGAAGAAAACGCAAAACUAGAAAUCCAAAAACUUUAAGAAAAUUUAAAACAAAAAGAUUUAAAACUAAAAAGAAAACUAGAAAAUAUAAAACUUCUCAAACCAGGAGAACUCAUCGAGCACUCACAACUAAACCGACAAUUGCUUGGACCCACAUAACGACAACAUGUACUAAAAGUACUAGACAAAAAAUUACUAGGACAACUAAAACAAAACACACAAAGAUUACUAGAACACACAGAACCAGUAGCCCAAAAACUACGAGAAGGCAAGAAACGUUAAAACGGAAAACUACUAUCAAACUCUUAACUACCAAAAGAUAUAAAACUAGCAAGAGUGCACAAACUACUAAAACUCCACGAACUACUAAAUUUCUACGAACUACAAAACUCCAACGAACUACUAAAAGGAAACAUAAUCGUAGAAAGCGCAAAACUAGCAAUCCAAAAACUAAUAGAAAAUUUAAAAGAUCAAAAACUAAAAAGAAAACUAGAAAAUAUAAAACUACUCAAACCAGGAGAACUCAUCGAGCAUACACAACUAUUAGAAAAAUAACCACUAGAAAGUCUACAACCGCAUGGACCCCAAAAACUACAACUUGUACUAAAAUUACUAAACCAAAAAGUAGUAGGAAAACAAAAUAUACAAAGAUUACAGGAAUACACCCAACAAUUGGCCCAAUAUCUAUAAGAAAACAUAAAACGUAUAGCCAAAAAAAUACUAUCAAACCCUUAACCACCAAAACACAAAAAUAUAGGAAAAGUGUCAGAAGUACUAAAACUCGAAGAACUACUAAAACUCCACGAACUACUACAAUCCCACUAACUACUAAAUCUCCACGAACUACUAAAACUCCACGAACUACAAAAACCAAACGAACAACCAAAACCAAACGAACUACUAGAAACAUACGUACUAACAAUAAUGGUAAAACUACUAAUCCAAAAACUACAGGAAAAUUUAAAACUGAAAGAUCGAAAACUAUAAAAUAUCAAACUUCUAAAAGUACUAGACAAAAAAGUACUAGAACAGAUAAAACUAUAUAUAAAAAGAUUACUAGAACACACGGUACAAGUGGCCCAAACACUACAAGAAGGCAAAAAACGUAUAUCUGGCAAACUACUAUCAAACCCUUAACCAUCAAAACACACAAAAAAAGUGUCAGAAAGACUAAAACUCGAAGAACUACUAAAACUCUACGAACUACUACAAUCCCACUAACUACUAAAUCUCCAAUAACUACUAAAACUCCAAGAACUACAAAAACUCCACGAACUACGAAAAUCCAACGAACUACUAGAAGCACACGUACUAGCAGUAAGCGUAAAAGUACUAAUCCAAAAACUACAGGAAAAUUUAAAACAGAACGAUCAAAAACUAAAUAUAAAACUUUAAAAUAUAAGACCUCUCCAACCAGGCGAACUCAUCGAACACACACAACUAUUAGACAAAUAAACACCAGUAAACCGAGAAUUGCUUGGACCCACAAAACGACAACACGUACUAAAAGUACUAGACAAAAAAAUACUAGGACAACUAAAACAAAAUACACAAAGAUUACUAGAACACACAGAUCCAGUAGCCCAAAAACUACAAGAAGGCAAAAAACGUAUAACCGAAAAACUACUAUCAAACCCUUGACUACCAAAAGAUAUAAAAUUAGCAAGAGUGCACGAAUGACUAAAACUCCAAGAACUACUAAUACUCCGCUAACGACUAAAACUCCACAAACUAUUAAAACUCCACGAACUACUAAAAUCCAAGUAACUACAAGAAGCACACGAAGUAGCAGACAGCGAAAAACUACUGAUCGAAUAACUACAGGAAAACUUAAAACAGAAAGAUCGAAAACUAAAAAGAAAACUAUAACAUAUCAAACUUCUCGAAUUAGGACAACUCAUCGAACACACAUUGCUAAAAGACCUAUAAUCACAAAUCAACCGACAAUUGCUUUGACCCCCAUUAAAAGCCUAAGAACUACUCUAAAACAAAAAACUCAUAAAACAAAAGUUAUUAAAACUCCCAUAACAUCUAGAACACUAAAAACCAAUGUAAAACAUGAAACAACUAGGCGAAAGCUUAUUAAAAAAACUACUAGAAAACAUAGAAAUAACAAAGUAAGAAGAACUCGUAGACAUAAAAUAACUAAACAAAGGUUUAUUAGAAAAACUACUAAUAAACAUAAAAGAAGCAAAAUAAAACGAACUGAUAAAAAACGCAAAACGACUUUACCUGUAAUUAAUAAAAUGUCUAUAACUACAAUUCCCCCCAAAAUUACUAAAAGUAACAAAACAAUUACCAGAAAUACAAAGAUUACUCAAACCUACAAUACUAGAAGCCCGAAAACCACCAGAACACAUACAACCUAUAAAAAAAAGACUACUAGAAAUACCAUAACCACUAAAACCCCACAAACUACUAAAACCCCGCGAACUACUAAAACAGCGCAAUCUACAAAUUACCUCUAUAUUCUUCGACAUAAAACUACUAGAAAACCCCAGAUUAGACCAAAAACGACUAGGAAAUCUACAAGGGAACAUAAAGAUACCAAAAUAAAAAUUACUCAUAGAAAAUACAAAACUACUAAACCUAUAAUUACUAAACUAUCAACAAAUAUUAGGACCCCCAAAAUGACUACACGCGUUAAAAGUACUAGACAAAAGAUUGCCAAUUCCAAAAAUACCAGAAUUACAAAGACUAUUGGAAAAAAAAUAACUGUGAGCCCAAGAACUACCAGAACACAAAAAAUUUAUAGAUGGAAAAUCACUAGACAACUUAUAACCACGAACGCUGUAAGAACUACAAGAUCCCCACAAACUACAAGAACGCCAAAAAUUACCAGAAAAUCCAUUACAACUAGACUAAAACAUUUAAGAAAAACUUCUAGAAAACAGAAAACUACCAGAAGUAUACGAAUAACUCCUGAAAUAAAUAAACUCUUUAAGAGUACUAGAGUUAAAACUGCAAAACUAAAAACAACCAGAAAUAUAAAACCUUCUGGUCACAAAACUAGAACCCCUAAAAUUGUUAAAAGCCCACGUACUAUCAGAAAACACCAAAAACAUACGAGAACUUCUAGAAAAUUUAUAACUACUCGAGCCUCCAAAACGAAUAGGAAACACAAAAAAACUAGGCCAAAGUCUAUUAGAAAAACUACUAGAAGACAUAAAAAUUUUAGGACGAUAAAAAUUCAUAAACACAAAGGUACUAAACCGAAAUCGACUAGAAAAUCUACUAGAAAACCUAAAAGUAGAACGAAAAAGAUUAGAAAAACUGAUGGAAAACAUAAAACGAAGAGAAGCAAAUAUUUCCAUAGAUAUCAUAAGAAACACAAAAUCAUUAGAUGGACAAGGAUCAGAAAAACUACUAGAACACCCAAAACUAUAACGAUAACUAAUAGAAAAAUAUAA